GCAUAUGUCCUUAUUAUAUGGACUAAAUAACCAUAGUAACAAUUCAGGCAGGCAAGGUUUUAAGUAACACACUACUCAAAAUUUAAAGUAACACACAAACCAAUGAAUAUAAGAAACUUUCAAUGAUGUUAAUGCAACGGACUCACAUUUUAUACAAAAAUGCAAAACAAAUUGCCAUCGGGAGGUUCAACCCUAAUGGAAGGGUCGUAUCCAAGAAGACACCACAUUUACAGAUGCAAAUGGAAUUAAGUACAGAAAAAAGUAGCACGAAGCUUUCGGAUAUUGCCUGCCAAGGACGAUACGCUAAAAGAAAGAUUGGCGUCUAUUUUAGCAUUUGGUAUUGGCUAGUCAAAUUUGGAAUGAAACGAUGCACGGUCAUUAAAAUUAGGCGCAAACUGAAACGAUACUCUUAUCCAUGGCUGUUUUUUGCCUUUCCAGCAGGAAUAUACAUGUUCCUUGGAGAUACAAUAGCCCAAUUAUGUAUGGAAAAAGAAUCAUCGGGAAAAUACAAUAUCAGUAGGGGAUUACAUUAUGCAGCAAUUGGUGUUUUAAUAACAGGCCCAUUUUCUUCAAAGUGGUCUCUGUUUUGGUUAAGAAGAAUUCCCAGGAAUAGGCCGACUUCAUUCAUGGCAAUAUCUUUAUUGCUUGAUAUUUUCUUAUUAAUGCCCACUGUUGCAUUAAUCACUAUGGCUUGUAUCGAUUACAAAGUUAUCAAAGAGAAAUUGAGACAUGACCCAAAAAAUAUAGCGCAAAUUUACGAUGAAAGAUAUAAAGAAUGUAUGAGGGAUAUUAUGAAAUUUUAUGUGCAAACACGUCCGCUCUUGGGCAUAGUGUCCUGUUUUAUUUUACCAAAAAGUGCAGCUAAAUUGGUCCGAACACUCUACUAUAUUUGCUUUUAUUCCGUAAUGUCGAAUGCCAUCUUCAGAGCGGGAAUCGGGCAUUAUCAGCCUGUAAGAGUUAGCGAGACCAAAGGGAAAUUUCAAGAAGGCUGUGAAUGCAUUAAAGACUUAAUUUCAAAAUUUUUACCAACGACCAAAAUUGAAUAAACAAUAAUGACACAAAUAAAAAUAUCAAUUUAUAUGCUAA